AUAAAUUUUAUUGUUUUGUAUUUCUGGUCUCCUCUGUUUCUUACACCAGUCAAGCGCUUUUUUAUUUUUUGUUUCCUUUUUUUUUUUACUGCUUCAUAAAUUGAAUUAAGUUUUAAAUUUUUGAAUUUUUCAUCAAUGUUAUUUUAUAUUUUUUCGGUUAGUUGACAUACUGAGAAUUAGCUUUGUUUUCUGUUUUUCGUUUUUUUUUUGGGUGUUUUUAGCAAUGUUAAUUUUUCUAUUGAUAUAUUGCUUAAUCGAGCUUGAUAAUGGUGGUUAAUGAAGCUUUAGAGGUGGUUGUUAAUCUUCAGUGUAAAUUGUGGUUUGUAACUGUACUUUCGGUCAACUGCUGUCCCUUUCUUCUGUUUUGGUUAAUAACACUUGAGGAUAAGCUCAGAACUAUAUUAGUGUGUUGAAGACAAUUUGUCAAAUCUGAGGUGGAGCGUUGAAACGGUUAUGGAUCUAUUCUCUGUAUGGCUGUUUGCUCGGUGAUGUCCUUAUUAGUUCCAGGUUGAACUGAGCUGUCAGGAAUUGUGGAGGUAGUGUCUAGAUGAGUAUUGAUGGCGUUGGGGACAAAUACUUGAUGGAACUGAAUCAUCAACUACGCAAUGGGAACAAGAAGGAUGGAGUUGUGAGUGAGGAGCAAAAUUUAACUCAAGAUGAUGGCUUUAAGGUUGAUGGAAUUGCUAGAAACAUAAAAGAUGGGCAUGAAGGGGCUCUUCAGUCCCCAUCAACUGCACUGCAAAUAUUCCAGCAACAGCAGUCUCUAGGGGCAACAGUUUGUUGGGAGAGGUUUCUCCAUUUGGGAUCUCUCAAGGUUCUGCUGGUGGAAAAUGACUAUUCCACACGUCAUGUCGUCACUGCCCUGCUUCGCAACUGCAGCUAUGAAGUUAUUGAGGCAACAAAUGGAUUACAAGCAUGGAGAAUACUAGAAGAUUUAACCAAUCAGAUUGACCUCGUUUUAACUGAGGUAGUCAUGCCUUGCUUAUCUGGCAUUGGUCUUUUGUACAAGAUUAUGAGCCACAAAACGCGCAAAAAUGUUCCCGUAAUUAAUCUCUGUGCAGUGAUGUCAUCUCAUGACUCCAUGGGCUUAGUCUUUAAGUGUUUGUCAAAAGGUGCUGUUGAUUUUUUAGUGAAGCCUAUACGAAAGAAUGAACUUAAGAACCUUUGGCAGCAUGUUUGGAGAAGAUGCCAUAGUUCUAGUGGUAGCGGGAGUGAAAGUGGCACAGAGACUCAAAAAUCUGUAAAAUCAAAAAGCGUUGAGAAGUCUGGCAAUGACACUGGAAGCAGUGAUGAGGAUGACAAUGGGAGCAUUGGUUUAAAUGUUGGGGAUGGAAGUGACAAUGGAAGUGGCACCCAGAGCUCUUGGACAAAACAAGCUGUGGAGGUUGACAGUCCCCGACCAGUGUCUCCAAUGGAUCAAGUUGCUGAAUGUCCUGACAGCACUUGUGCUCAAGUUAUCCAUUCAAAUGCCGAAGUCUCGGGUACCAAACAGACUCCUAUAAUCACUGCAAAGGAGUGCGAAGAACAAGAGGAGCAACUUGACAGUGCAGCUGCUAAAGACCUUGAGAAAGUUGUGCCAGGAAAUGUAGAUUUGCAACUUGAAUGCCAAGUUGCAGAUCCCAUCAAAUUUGUUGGCACAAAACAAAAGAAUCUGCUUGAGAGGGGAUCUGGUAACUAUAAGGAGAAAAUUGAUAAAGAACAGCUAGACCAAAACAGUGAGAAUCCAUCAAGCAAAUCAAGAUAUGAAGCAGCUAAUCUGACAGGUUUCACCACCAACACCAUUGAUCCCCAUAUGGACAGCACAGAGAUUGAGGCUACUAAUAGGCAUUGCAAUAUCUUAGAUAUAAAGAAUAAACCCUCUAAUGAUGCUAAAGAAAUCCCAACCUUUGAACUCAGUUUAAAAAGAAAUAGGGGAGCUAAGGAUGUCGGGACUGUAGUCCAGGAAGACCGCAAUGUCUUAAGACGAUCAGACUCUUCAGCGUUUUCAAGGUAUAAUGCUUCCUCAAAUGCAAAGAAGGCUCCAUGUGCAAACAUGACAAGCGGUUCUCAUUAUGGUUCUAGUUUAGAUGUUACUGAAAAAGGAACAGUUUGUGAUCUAAAGUCUCAUUCAAAUAGCAAUCUUCCUAAUCACUGCUCAAAUGUUGGCAGCAAUAACAUAGAUAUGGGCUCCACCACAAAUCACGCUAUUACCAAGUCAGUAGUGUUGAAAAAUAAGUCGGGACAUCCGCCAUCUACUUUCCAGGCUAUGAGAGACGAUCCAUUAUGUGCCACUCAGCAGAUUUUAAAAGAGAAGGCUGAUGACACAGCAGGUGCAAUGUUACUUGCUCAACCAGGAGGCUCCCUUUCGGAAUGCAAAAUUCAGCAUCAGACUCACCAUUACAAUCAUUAUCAUCAUCUUCCCCACAACAUGCAAACAGCACAGCAAUGUCAACAGAAACAGCUGCCACCUGAACAUGAUGAUUCUUCAUUGAAGAAAAUGGCUGCAGCUGUUCCACAUUGUGGGUCAUCAAAUGUGUUGGGUGGACCUCUUGAAGGUAAUGGCGGUAAUUACAGUAUCAACGGAAGUGCCUCAGGUAGUAAUCAUGGCAGUAACCAUGUAAGUAAUGGACAAAAUGGCAGUAGCACUGCAGUUAAUGCUGGGGGAACUAAUGUAGAAAGUGACAAUGGCAUAGGUGGGAAAAGUGGAAGUGGGGAUGGUAGUGGGGAAGGAAACAGAGGAGAUCAAAACAAGUUUUCUCAAAGAGAAGUUGCCUUGACCAAGUUUCGGCAGAAGAGAAAGGAAAGAUGCUUCCGGAAAAAGUGGUUUUAUGUUUUAGGUUCGUUAUCAAAGCAGGAAGAGAUUAGCAGAGCAACGACCACGUGUGCGGGGACAAUUUGUGCGGCAGACAGGAAAUGGAAGCACAAGCAAAGCAUCAGAGAGCUAAUUGAUCUAAUACAAGGAAUAUCCACGCAUAGGCAGUUUGACAUAAUUAGAUAGAGAACAAGAAAUGCAUUUUAUUUGCUGCAACUUUGAUUGGUGAGCUAUAUUUUGUUGCUUGUGAACUUUUCAACUACUUACUUCCAGAGGAAGGUAGUCACCUUAGAAAGAACUACCCCCCCCCUGCAAUAAAUUGCAUUCAUAUUCUGUUGUUUCUAUCAAACUCAAACGUGAUUGAACAGCUGAUUUGUUUGUGGUAAAAAGACUUGUCUGUUGUUUA